AUGGCCACACCUGAACCCAAGUUUUUGCAGUCCCAGGCUUUGUGUCCUCUGCAAACUUCACCCGAAGAUGCAGACACAUCACCAAAGAAUUGCUUGAGUCGUCUCUUUGUUGCUGCACUGAACGAGCAGACGAAAGCAGUGAACAAAUCUGUAUAUGAGUCCAGAACUUCUUUCGACAGAGCCUGGAAAGAGGUGGUGGACUACUGCUCCAAGCUGUCUGAAUCUGAGCGUGAGAUGCUAUCUUGUGAGCCAAGCAUUCAGCACUAUGUACGCCGCAGCCUGCAGCAUGCGGAGAGCUUGAACGAUCCAUCGGAACUGGUAGAACCUCUGACUGCCUUGCUCCCUGAGGCUGUAGAGCAAUGUAAGAAGCAGGGAAGGCACACUAGCCACAAUAUGUCCCUGAACACUGACAUACCAAGGACACGGAGAAAAAAGGAAGCCAGAAAAAGGGUUGUGUCAUUGGAUUCUGGGCUGGCAAAGUUACUCACGUACUCUCCCACGCAAAUUGCGGCAACUUUCAGAGGACCUGAGCUCCAGCUGAGUGACUUGAUACCUGCUGCAUCAGUUGUGUCACAUGAGAUGACUCGGGGGUCCAAGGAAGCCCUGUCACCCACUCAUCGACUCCUUCCUCCGCCUCCCCUUAUCUCCCCGCCUGAAUGCCAGCAUGAUACAAAACCCCUUCUUUCUCCUGUUUACCCACAGACAGAAAGGCAGCCUUGUGCUGGUAGACAAAUCAGAAGAAAAAUCCAGUUUGAUAAUCCAGGAAGGAACACCACUCCAGAAUCAAAGCUGCACACAGCGUAUGAUGUGAUUGCAGCGUUUGCGACUGGGAACUUGCAGGCUGGGGCCGAGUCUGUCUACCUCAACUGCAGCCCGGGCUCCCCCUGGAACCCUUACAGUCUUACAGUGGUCCCCAAGACCAGAGCCAACCCCGAGCACUACGUCAUUUCAAAGUUUGGCAUCCUCCACGUGCAGCCCGGUGGAAACUCCGACCUGCAGAGCUUUGCAGAUUGGCUGCGCGAAGCCGGCCUCUUCUCACUCUGUCAACAGGUCCCCUUCUUCAGGAAAUUCCUGACACGCAAGAUGUUUCACAACUGGCGCCACAAUGUUUGCUAUCGCCAGUUUCUGCGGCUCCUAACAGAGGUCGAUCGAGUUGGCCUGCGAUUUUUCCCAGAGUUCCACGAAACUAUUGACAAAAUCCACAAACUAAACACAGAACUGCUAAACCUUCAGACUCUAGCACUCACACCACUUGCUUGCUACUCGGCCAAUGCUAUUGAGAAGACCAGAGAAGAGACGGAAGCAAAGACUCACAGAUUGCUCCAACGGUACUUCAAGUACUGUAAGCGUGUUGUCUCAGAGGCUGUAAGAACCACACAACAGAAAGCUGAAAAACUUGAGGAGGAGAAAAAGCAUCAACCGUUUGUGUCUGAUUCACCUAUCAGCGUGCAGGUGGCUCAGCAUGUUGAGCUCGAACGUAGGCUAGGAAUAGCAAGGUAUAGGGCUAGCAGACUCGGCGAUUUCGUGUGUCUGGCUGAGCAAAUGAUGGCUGCUUGUCUCUUGGAAAAAACCAGACAGUCAGCUUGCCAAUGGGUGGAAGAUAUUCUUCAGCUCACCAGUCAUGUCUCUGACACUAGCUCUACCACUUCUUUUGAGAGCAGUACCUCAAUUGUCGAGGAGCAAUCUGAGGGUGUGGGGAAAAAUAAUGCCCUCAUGAUGGUGGAACUAAAAAUUGCAGAGAAAGGCAAGUGUCAGCAUUAUAUGAAGUGCCUCUGUAAUCACGAGUUCCCUUGUUCAGGUGGGUUAGUAACGCAACCAGGCAUAGAGAAGAUUGUGCAGCUUCUCUCGACUCCUCUGAGAAGUAUCAUAGACCUCAUCUCCACAACCUCCACCACAUCCACUGCCAUCCAUACAAAAGCAGAGCCUUCCCACCUUCCCACUGGUGAAGGCGAUACUGUGACGACAACUGGCACUGGUGGAAGGGUCUACAAACCACUUCUGCAAGUACUAAAAGGAAUCAGUCUGGGAGGCAGUGGUGCUGUUUCUGGUAGUGUUCCAGAGAGCUCUCGGGCAAGAUCUCGACUGGAGGACGUCCACGCUCAAACCUGCAGUGAAAUCAGAGCAAGGGAAGAGUAUUCCACGACUAGCAGUCCUCUUGUGCCACACAACAUGCAGAAGAAGCUAAAGCAAGAUCCAGUGCUUCAGAGUUUGUCAAAGAGGUUACAUGAGGCUCUGGAUGGCCUGAGAUGUGAAGUGUCUGGAGUUUGCCAGCAGUACGUGUGGCUGGAACACACCCAGUCUCUCAUCUCCAGGUGUAAGAAAGACAAGAUCAGUGACAUGACUGCUGAAAACUUUGAAACGGUGUUUGGAGAGCUCCAUGUAGCUCUAUCUCGGGUGUCCCGCCUCCCUCCCCUCCUCUCCACCUCACACUCUCUCAUCGCCAUCAGCACAGUUCAGGUGGCCUCCCAGCUGGAGCCUCAGCUCCAACAAACAAUGGAGAGACUCCAGCAGUCUCUUGCUGCCCAGGCACUGGACGUGGCAACUCAACUGCUCAAAGAUGCAGCCAAACACACACAAAUGCUGUUGUCAAAGCGCUACGAUUUGGAAGGAUUUGUGCAGUAUGCACACAGUCUGCGUGAAAGCCAGGCCUUCCAUGGCAGAGAGGCUGCCAACACUCAGAGAGUUGCAGACGUCCACACCACUCUCAGGAAGUACAGGAUCCCCAUCUCUGAGGAGGCCAGAGAGACCCUGCAGAGACUGCAGGAGGUGUGGGGAGAGUUUGAGGCCUGUCUGGUAGACGGAGGAGAGUUCGUGAACAAACAGACUCCCAUCAAGGCUCAGGGUCUUCAGGAGAGCAUAUUGGUUCUGGAGGAACAGUUAGAGCAGCUAGUGGCAUCAAUCUGUGUAGGGGAGUUCGUUGACCCCUCAGCAUCUCCCCAGUCUCUGCUGCUGCAACUGGAGUCAACUCUGGAGGAGAUGCAUCUCUUCAGAGGCCGCCUCAUGGAGCUGUCAAAAUGGGAGGAGGCCAUCACUGGCAGGCACCAUGACCUCUCUCGAAUGUUCCAUUGUUUUGAUGUGCUGUACGCCCGUCAAGAGCUAUGGAAGUAUCGGAGACAGUUUGACAGCUGUUACUUUGACUGGUCUCGCGUGCCUUUCAAAAAACUGGACAUGGCAUAUGUGGAGCAGAAAGUUAAUGAGUGGCGGGCUGUCUGUGACAAGCUGGGAAACAAGCUUCCCUUCACUGAUCCAGUGCUUGAGCAGUGGAGAGAGAGCGUGGGGAGAAUGCACACCAACAUGUCCACACUGCAGCUACUAGCCUCCAGAGACAUACAGACAUCUCACUGGCACACAAUCUUUGCUGGGUUCAACGAGCAGUACGACCCACGGCAGAGCUACACCCUCCAUUUCUUUCUAGACAGAGACCCCGGCAAGUACAGUGACCUCAUCUCUGAAGUCCACUGCCUUGCCUCACAGCAGAGCAGACUCAGGGAAAAGUUUGUCUCAAUGGAGAAGAUUUGGGAGGGGAGGACGAUAGACCUUUGUCAGACUGCUGUCGAGCGCUACUCCUUCUGUCUUCCGCCCAGUGGGAGCUCACAGCGCCAGACGACAAUCACCUUUCAAGACUCCCCAGACACUGCAGCCAAGGAGACUGAGAAGGAGCAGCUGCAGAGUGUUAAGGGAGGAGAGCCGCUAAGGAGAGAAAUCGAGGCUGCUGUGCUGGAGCUAAACAACAUACUCUCUUCUCCUCAUCUUGGCCGACUGAAGAAGAAAGUGGAGUUACUUCGCUCCAGCCUCUGCCAAGUCAGCGAGCUCUUUCGUCUUCUCUUGCACUGCCAAAGUCAGUGGCAAGAUCUGCUGGAGCUAUUUCUCUACACCAAGCCUUUGUCCCGCAAGUCAAUUGGUCUUCAGCAGCUCCAGUCAGCCAGUAGCCACAUGCAGGAAAUCAUGUACAGCAUCCACGGAGACCCACGACUGUUCUCGCUGCUCAGCAAGAGCCGUGGGAGAAAGGGGGUCCGAGACUUGCAGGGACCUGAGCUCAGGAAGAAACUCAAGACUGUUCUGCAAUGCCUGGAAACAGUGAUGCUGAAGCUUCAUCCAAGACUGCAGGAAGCAGAAUCCCAGUGGCCCAGGCUGGGGUACCUCACUCAAAGAGAGAAACUAAAAGCUAUUUCCUGCAGAGGAGAUCCACUGCCAAUCAUCCCACUAAUUGGCAGGGUCUUCCCUUCUAUUGUGAAUCUACAUUACAUCGAGACCUCUUUCGGCUCUGACCAAGAUUCAGGUCAAGGGUACCAGAUAACCGGAGUGGAGGGAAGACUAGGGGAACUACUGCCACUUGUUCUCCCCCUGGCUCUGGAGAAGAAAGCUGGGGUGGAGUGGCUGGCUGGUCUCGAGCAAGCUGUUAAGUUCUCUCUUGCUAGCAGACUGACAGACUGCCUGGCCACUCUACCCCACACCCUCACUGGCCAGCAACUAACUUCUGAUACUGUUCAGGAAGUCUUGGAGUGGUUGGAGGGAAAUGUAGAGCAAAAUAUUCUCCUGGCCUUGGAUAUCCACUGGUCUCAUAGACUACUGAAGUCUGUAACUGAUGCUGCGAAUACACAGUCAAUAUGGUCAGAUCUGAAGAGAACUCUUGAGAAUACAAUUCAGUUGCUACUGAGGCUGCAACAAACUCAGCAACAAGUUGAAGAUGAACAGAACAUUCUCAGAACUCUUCACGUCCUCAGAAGCCUUGUCAUCUAUUUGAGGAGGAAAAGUGACUUCGCUCAGUCUCUUCUGGAGUCCAGCGACCGACAUGCAGCGUGGCAGCUCCAUCUGCACCAUACCACUGAGAGACAUGAAGUUCCUAGUGUGCAAGAAUCUAGAGCCAGCUCUCCAGCCAGUACACUGGCUGACUCGAAUAUUAGCACCACCCUUGAGAGUCAUCCGAGAACAAGUCAGACCCCGUCUGAUCCUCCAACCCAACAAAUUUCCCGCCAACCCUCAUCCUCAUCUCUAAUUGAUGGACAUACUUACAGAGCUGGGAGGGACCCACUGCACAUUUCACCACCGACCCCCUGUUUUGUGAAUGCUGGGGGGUGUUCAGUGGCCUUAGGGUUCGAAUAUUACAGCCCGGCCCCUCAGAUUGUCUUGACACCCAGUAUGGAAUCAGGAGUUGUAGCCACCGUAUCUGCCUUUGCCCAGCACUCAUUCCCAUGUGUCAGUGGAGAGCAGAACACAGCAACCAUCAAGGAAGCAGCAAAGGUGAUGGGCAGGCACCACUACCACCACACUUGUUGUCAUCUCACAGCUGCUGUCUCUCUGCUUCACCUGCUGCACACUGCACUCUCCAGUGGCUCUGUCCUCUCUCUGGGAGAGUCUCACUGUCUGCCCACUGCCGUCCAGCUCAAGAUGAGGCACUAUCUUUACACUCUAAAGUCUGCUCUGGCCGUCUGCUUCACUCAGCAAUCAACAGAGCUGCCAGAUGAAGAUCUCUCUCCACCCUCUCCUCGCGUUGUCUCAUCACGUCUGGACUGGUACAGAACACUCCCCUUGUCUUCUAGUUCUCCGAGCCCACUCUCACUGGAACUCAUGGGGAAAACCCUGUCCGUCAACCCCAACUUUGCCUGCUGUAUUCUUCUCCAUGCAAACAAGUCAAGCAAGCUGAGUGACACAAGACUAAGAAGCAUAGUCUGUAUGACACCAGACGAAAGGCUCGUGGUUGAAGUUUUGCUACUGAGCCAUGGAUUUUCAUCAGCCUACCACCUCAGUAGAUUGCUAGUUGGUGUGUCAGAACAGCUUCAGACUCAGCUGAGUGUUGGGCAUAGUUUUGGCCUGCAGUGGUUGCAGAAGGUCAUCAAUCUUGCAGCAAAACUCCUGCACAGCAAUAGCGGUGAUUUCGACUACAAGUCAGAGGCUGCUCAUGAGUUAGAGGUAGCGGCCAGAGCAGUGUUGGGGGUGACAGCUCCUAUAGUUCCUCCUGAAAAGACCACUGACCUGGAGAUCCUUGUCAGUUCUCACCUAUUCAAUGGUGAGACAGUGGAAAACUGGGAGAACUGGGAGAGGGAACUGGCAAAGGCAGUGGAGGAAGAAAUGAGCGAAGGACAUCUCCAAAUCAGCCCAGAAGUCACCAACAAAAUUCUGCAGCUCCACAAGAGUCUAGGUCGGUACAGCUGCACCAUUCUCUUGGGCCCAAGUAAGAGUGGGAUCAGCACGUGCUACCACACCUUGGCAUCUGCCUGUGUUCGUAUGGGAAGACCUCCCCCAUCAAUCACUGUCAUCAACCCUGCAGCCUACUCCUGGGAACAGCUGUUUGGUGGCUGGUGUACUGAUGAUGAUGGCAGGGAGCAGUGGAUCAAUGGCAUACUCUCCAGAUUACUGCUGCACAUCAAGACCUUUGAGAAGGCCUCCAGUCCUCAUUGGAUAGUUCUGGAUGGGCCCCUCUCCCCCUCACAUCUUGGCACAAUCACUACACUCAUCUCAGACGAUGGACUGUGUUUGCCUGGCAUGGAAAGGGUUAAAAUCCCCUCAAACUGCCGCCUGCUAUUGAAGCCUGGUCCCCUUGCUACCCUCUCACCUGGAUUGGUUGGCUAUUGUGGACUUCUCCACUGGUCUUCUGAAACCCUCGCCCACGAUAUGCUGGUGGACAGUUGGCUGGACAAAGCUCCCACUCAGCAUGACCUAACUGGAAUGAGCAUCUCCUUCCUUGCCAAUGUUCUGCAAACCAUGGUUCCGGAGAGCCUGGACUACCUGGAGAGAGUGUGCUCUAAGCACUACGGCCACCAGUAUACCUCACAUGCAGAGCAAAGAUCGCGUGGCAUAGCUGAGACCUCCACCCUGCUCAUUCUGCUGUCAGCCAUGUUGGAGAGAAACUGCCCAACAAGAGAAGACACGGCUACGUACUCAGGCUAUGGGUCUCGCAGCACCAGCAGUCUGAGGAGCAGCAGUGUUGCUGGAAGUCUCACUAGCUCGCGAUGCGGCAGUGCAAUCUCUCAGGCCUCCAGCAUGGCUGAACUGACUGACACAUUACCUCCACUGACCCCUGAUGAUCACAUGACUCCUGACCAAACUCCCUUGGGGAUGGACUUCUCUUUCUCUCCGUCCAACCUCGACUCAGUGGAGACCCAAACUCUCAGCAUUCUCACCUUUGCCUUCAUCUGGUCCAUUGGAGCAUACAUCCCAUUCAGUGAGCUGGACUCAUUCAAUGAGUUUGCUCUGAAGCAGAUCAACGACCUGCCAAUGUCUGUCUCUUUCCCUGAAGAAGGCAGUGUGUUUGACUACUACCUGGACCUAAAGACGUACAGGUUUGAGCACUGGUCGAAGCGCAAGAGUCGACUGGCUCCAAAGAGCAACGGUUACAUCCCCACAUCUGAGCUCAGUCGAGUGGCCUACAUUGCAGAAAUGUAUCUCUCCUACGGUCAUAAUGUUCUCUUGCUUGGAGACAGAGGUUCAGGGAAGACCAGUUUCAUUGAGUCUCUUCUUCAGUCCAACUUGUCUCUGGCAAGGUUCCCAAUCACAUGCUCUCUGACGGCCCCCCAACUCCACACUGCUCUCUGUAACAAGGCCCUUGAGGUAUCGCGUGUGGACAAGAUGAAGUGGGGGUCCAGAAAGAUUGGGAUUCCAGGACAAAACUGCCUCUUCUUUCUCGAUGACCUGCACUUGAGCUAUCGUGAAAACCCUCAAGACUCCCACACUCCAGUAACUCAGCUAGUUUCAUUUGCCUCGCGUCAUAGCUGUCUCUUCACCUUCCCUGAUGAAUCGGUGUGCUACAUGAGCAACAUCCAGUACCUUGCUUCAAGUUUGCCAGGACACCAGUAUACUCACCUCGCCCAUCUCCUCGGUUCCUUCCACCCCGUCCCUCUCUUCCCGCUCUCAGACCAGGCCCUGCACACCAUCUUCUCCACCACUGUUCAGAUGUGGUUCAAGAAAUUCCCCAAUGCUGCCAUUGGAGACCCGGAGACUCUUGCAAAAGGACUGAGUUGUGCAUCAGUUGCAACUUUUCGUAGUGUGUGUGCGCGACUGCAUCCGUCCCCUGCUCACCCAGAGUGGUUCUUUUCGCUCCAACACCUGAUAGAUGUGUUCAAGGGACUCAUUCUGAUGCCACUUGAUGCCAAAACCACAGCUACUUCACCCCACUUCGGUCUCCUCAAUCGCAGAGCUACCCCUUCUACUGGUACCAAGUCAUCUUCCAGGAGAAUCCCAGAAAAGAGUGGACGGAAAUCUUCCAGUGUUGUGCCAGCCCACUCAAGGAGAGGCACAGCUAGACCAAAGCCGUCAGUACACCUCCCUCCAGUAAAGAAAGAGAGCAAUCUCCGGAGGAAGAUAAGGUCGGAGCUGAAGGGAAAGAAGCAGCAGCACGACAGCUCAGAGGUGCAGGCUACUCUCCACCGAUUCGUCAGACUGUGGUGCCAUGAAAACACACGAGUGUUUGCUGACCGAAUGACAGAGAGUAGGGACCGUGCCUGGUUUGUGAGAUUGCUAGAGACCUGUGUGAAGUACUGCUUCUGCGGAGUGGGGUUUGAGAAGGCUGCAGCUUCAACUGGGCAUGGUGGUCGACCAGGGAGAAGAGGGAGAGGUGUUAGCAUGGCCACACAGAGCGUGGGACUCAACAUGUCUAAACUCAUGGCUGAUGGAGUUAGAGCUGAUGUCCUACAAACACUGAUGCCCCGUGCCCCCCAGAUGGCAGCCGCUACUGAUGGCACAGGACAGGGAGAAACAAGUGGAGAACUGAUCCCUCUCAAUCAGGUCAUCACAAGAGGAGAAGACGUCACAGCACUGAUCUUCUGCAAGCUUCCUAGCAUGCGCCCUACCAGUUCUACGAGAAGUGAAGCAUCCUCAGAUGAUGAAGGUGCAGACAGUGGCUCUGAGGAUGAACAGGAAGAUACUGAGGACAAGAAAGAUACAACUGCUGAUAGCAGCCCCUGUGUGUACAGGGAGCUAGGAGAUGGGCAGGUGCUGGGGGCGAUAGAGAACCACAUCAAGAGAUAUGCAGCACACUGUGCUAAGGAGCACCAGGACAAUCCUGCCUCCCUUGUUCCUCCCCCAGAUUUUAUUCUUUUCCAGCAGGCCAUGGAGCAUGCAACUAGACUCUGCAGAGCAAUGAUUCUCCCUGGAUGUCAUGCCUUGCUUCUUGGAGUUCCUGGCAGUGGCAGAAAGAGCCUGUGCAGACUUGUAGCCUACAUGAUGAGAGCUCAGCUCUUUGAACUGGAGAUCAGUUGCAAGAGAGGGAUGGAUAUUGUGAAGAAGGCAUGUCUGUCAGCUGCUACAUCAGCCUCUCCCACUGUCUUGCUAACCACCACUGCUGAGCCAUGCCAUAACAAAGACAUGUGGUCCAGCAUCUCAAAGAUCAUGAGUGAAGGUUCUUACAGUGGGUUCUUAACCCACACUGAGUUGAUUCGACUUCAGAAUGUGCUGAGAAAAGACCACCUCAAGAAGGCAGUCACACCUCAGGCCAUUGCUAGACUUGUCCACCACAACCUCCACGUUGUGAUAGUCUGGGACACUGACCGAUCGACCCAUUCUCCGAUACCGUUGCAAACAGCAUCGAGCGAUGGGGCAACUAGAUCUGAUCCCGGGUCGGAAGAGAUAUUCUCAAUGCUGUGCAGUCGGUGCAGUGUAGUGGACCACUAUCAGACAUGGGGCCAGCGAGAACUGAGUGAGGUGGCCCAGAAGUGGUGGAGGGAGAAAACCUGCAGUCUGCAGCACGGUUGGGUCACAUCUGAGAGCCAACUGGAGUCCCUAGCUGAUCUUGCCGCUCAUAUCCACCUCUCAUCACUCUCUGUGAUGGAACAGUCUCCACACCACUUGUCCUCCCUUCUCCUCUCCCCCUCUUCCUACACCACCUUCCUCACUCUGGCCCACAGCAUUGCCAUCUCUCUCACUGAGAAAGACAAAGGGAGGGAAGAGAGGGUCUUGCAAGCACUGGAGAAGGUGGCAGGUGGGGAGGAAGGAAAGAGAGUCUUAAAGGGAGAGCUGAAUACUCUACAGUCUCAGAUGAGAGAAGUGGAGGCACAGAUGGAAGAGAGGGAGAGGAACAUUGAGGCCUUCCAGCAGAGGUAUAAAUCAGCCAGUCAGGAGUGGAGUGAAGCAAAGAAAACUAUAACCUCAAAAACAGAGACACUCAAAAGCCUUCAAUCGACUGUGGCUGAAAAGAUGGACCAGGUGUCGUCUCUGCAUUCUUCUGCUCUGGAGGCGCUAUCUUCAGUCAGUAAGAAUGAUGUUCUGGAGGUGAUGAGUUACAGAGAGCCUCCGGCCUCAGCUACUCCAGUCUUCAACUCACUCUGCAUGCUAUUCGACAGACCUCAGACGUGGGAGGAUUGCAAGCUACUUCUCCUAAGUCCAAACUUCUUCGAAAGUCUGAGGUUCUUCGACAAGGAUUACGUACCACGUCAGAAGCUGCGCCGGCUGAGAGCCAUGUUGAGGUCUCCUAGCUGGAAGACUGACUCUCUGGAAUAUGCCAGCAAAGCUGUUUCGUCACUUGCUCUGUGGGUGGCUGCACUACUGGACUACCAUCAUGCAAGAGAUGUCGUGAAACCAUCGCAAGAGGAACUAGCCAUUGCAGAAGGGAUCUUGACCACGGCUGAGUUGACACUUGUGGCAAAGCAAAAGAUUAUGAUUGACACUAAAUUGGAGUUCAAGCAAGCACAGAAAGAACGCAGCGGUAUCGUCAAACAGAGGAAAGCCAUUGAAGCCAAGAUAGCUGCCAUGGAGAAGAGGCUGAAUGAAGCAAGCGUGCUCCUCUCCUCCCUCUCUCCAUGGAAGUUGUACUGGGAGGGGGAAAGAUUGGCAAUCCAUGCCCAGACCCUCUCCUCCCCCGGCCAUGCAGUUCUAGCAGCAGCCAGUGUGAUCUACCUCCCUCGUGUGCCUGCCGACAGCCACAGCUCCCUCUGGGACAGCUGGCUGGGCUACUGUAUUGGAAGGGUACAAAUGGGCUCCCUUUUGGAGACAUCUUCAUCAGAGUAUCACUCCUCCAGCCACCAGGCCAGGGUCCAGAUUGAACCAAACUUUUCUCCCAGGAGCACACUGUCACUGGAGGACGAGAGAGCAUGCUGGAAGCACUAUGCCUCGUUUCCCAAUCCUGCAGUUAUGGAUCGUUGCGUAUCAGCUCGCAAAUCUCUCGAAAUGGCUUUCACACCUCCACCUCUUGUGUUGGAUCCACACCAACUAUUCCAGGGCUAUGCUCACGAGUUGGAACUACACCGCAACAACCAACACUCUGCAAUAAGCAAGAGCCGCAAACAGCCAGUCUGUUGUGUGGAGGUAUUCAGGGUGUCAGCAAGUGGGUGGGCCCAGAUGCUGCUUGAACUGGAGGAAAAGAGAGAGAAAGCGGUUGUCCUCAUUCUCGAUGUGGUACCCUCUACCACUGAUGCAGAGACACUGAUAUCUCUACUGCGAAGACGAAGCGAGAACCUCACGAACAGCUGGGACCUAACUCCACCCCCGGAAGAAAUCUUCAGGCUCUAUUUGGUGCUGGAGCAAAGAGUAACUGAGAUGCCUUCUCCAGUCCUUGAGUCUCUGGGCCUGAAGCUGUUGGAUUUCACAGUAGUGGACAUGGAGCUGAGCAGGAAGGCCUUGGAGUCUCACCUGCUCAAGUUUAUUCUGAGGAUCGACCAUCCAGAGUAUGCCGCGAGGCACAGGGCUCUGCUGGUGGAUAAAACCUUCUACGAGAACCAAAUAAAGACCAGCAAGGAGAAAGUGAUUGUGUCAGUGCUAGAGUCCGCCAGUGUGCUGGACUCCCCGCAUAUCAAGGAGCUGGCUGAGGAGAGUUUACAGAUCGAAGCCUCAGCUCUAGAGAGCAUCAGAGACACUGAAAAAGCUCUGACCAGAUCUCGGGGUCUUGUUGACAACUACAGACCACUGUCACUCUUCUCAGCCCUGGCCUUCACAGAGGCUCAAGGGCUGUGCGGCAGACUCCGCUACCACACUCCCAGUCUCGCCUUCUUCCAGGACCUGGUGGCUGCUCAGCUGGCACGACACAGACACGGCAGACCGCCUGAAGACCCAGCUGCCUGUCAGGAACACGUACUCCGAGUCCAACAAAGCCUUCUCCUAGAGCUACACAAACGACUGAAGUGGGGCAUGUUCCGCAGACACCACCUCUUGCUACCACUGCUGGUGAGCCUGGCACAGAGACUGGCUGUGGGGGAAGUGAGCUCCCAAGAGUACAGAGCUCUGGGGGAAUACCCUGAAUCACUGGAGGACCAGAAUGAGACCGGAAUAAAACCAGCCUGGCUCUCAGCAGAGGUCUGGGCGGGUGUUCAGCAGAUGGAGACACUCCCAGUGUUCCAGGGGCUCCUCUGCUCUCUGGUGGACCAGAGUGAGAGCUGGAGGGAGUACUGCACACAGGAGAUGACUCUUUUCUCCCCUACACCUCUCACUCCCAACUCACUCCUCAACCCUCUCCAUUCCCUGCUUCUCCUCUCUGUCCUCAGACCAGAGAAGUUUUCUGAAGCAGUGGAACAGUUUGUGUCUGAGACACUUGGUCCUCAGUACACAACUCAAGAUACAGGAGGAGACACCAUUGAUAAUGUUCUCUCGGUGAAGACGCCGAGUCUCCCUGUAGUUUGUCUCACUCACUGCGAGGGAGAUGAAGAGAAGGUGGAGAAACUGUUGAGGGAAUCAGCGAGGGAGAGGGGAGUGGUCUUCCACCAUGUACAGCUGGCCAGUGAUGAUGGAGACAGGGAGAAGGUUCUGAGAGACCUGGUCCAAUGGUCCAGUGGCUGGGUAAUGAUCACCUACAGCCAUCUGCUUCGAGACCCCAAGAACACAUGGAACAAACGAACAGAGGUAGCUAAAGCUGAUUAA